AUGGCUUGCACUCCGGGCGAGAUCACGACUGCUGCCACCACCAUCUCAGCCGUGCACCCCGACGUAAUCCUAACUCACAUCCUCACGCGCCUCGACGGCGCCGCCCUAGCCUCCGCCGCGAGUACAUGCUCCCAACUCCGCGCGCUCUCUUCCCACGAGCACCUCUGGGUCAACGCUUGUCACUCCACGUGGCCUUCCACCAGAGUUCCACGUGUCCGCCACGUCAUCUCAACAUUCCCUAACGGUUUUCGCUCUUUCUUUGCGGACUCAUUCACCGGUUCGCGCCAUUCCACAACCGCCACCGCUCCGAUAAAUCCGGACCACACGCCCGAGCUGAUCUCCGCCGUCGAUCUCUUCCACCGCCAGCGUCUCGUUUUUUCCAACGUGUUGGAGACCGAGACCGGAACAGGGUGGUUCCGGUGCUCCCCGUUCCGGGUUGACAUGGUAGGCCCGAAGGACGCGGUUCGGACUCCGGUUAAAUAUCCGGUUGACGAGGACACGUGUCGGGAUCUCAGCGAGGAGCUGAGGCUGAGCUGGAUUGUGAUCGACCCUGCCGGCCGGCGAGCGAUGAACGUGUCAAGCUGGAAGGCGGUGUCUGUGCGGCGGCACUGGUUGAUCAGGGAGGUGGAGGUGCAGUUCGGGACGGUGGUUUCCGGUGAGAGAGGGACGGCGUCGGAGGCGGCGCUGUGCAGUGCGGUGGUGACGUGGGGAGGAGCGGAGGGAGGGGAAAUGCAUGUGAGGGAGAUGAGUUUGCAGAUGGAGGACAUGGAUGGAAUACAAUUGAACGGGAGGGAUAGUUUGGUUAUUUUGCAGAGGGCGUUGGAGGGUAAAAGGGGGAGAGCAAGGAACGAGGAUGAAGGUUACAGUUACAGUAACGGUUACAGGGAGUUCAUGAAGAGAAAAAAGGAGAGAAAGGUAAAGAAAGUGAAGGCAGAAGAGAAAUUGGAUAUGAUAUGCAUUGUUCUCGUUGCGUUUACAUUUGCUUGUCUUUUUGGUCUCUUUGUUUUCUGCAGAUAA